AUGCCCGCCACUAAUCUCCUCCUGGGCAAAACCGCCAUCAUCUCGGGCGGCACUACCGGCAUCGGCCGGGCCAUCGCUCUCGCCUUCCUCGCUCAAGGCUGCGACGUCGCGGUCAACCACCUCGACCUCGACCGCGACAAGCCCCACCUCACCUCCCUCCUCACCGAAGCCGCGGCCCUCCGCUCCAACGCCAACCCCCCCAACUCCGUCGGCCGCCUCGCCCACCUCCCCGGCGAUAUCCGCGACCCCGCGACCGGCCCAGCCCUCGUCGCAUUCGCUCUUGAAACCUUCUCCUCCUCCCGCCUCGACAUCUGCGUCUCCAACGCCGGCAUCUGCACCUUCGCCUCCUUCCUCGACCUCUCCCCGGACCUCUUCUCCACCACCGUCCGCACCAACCUCGACGGCGCUUUUUACCUCGUCCAGGCCGCUGCCCGCCAGAUGGCCCGCGGCAACUCACCCCCCGGUGGCUCCAUCAUCGGGAUCUCUUCCAUCUCCGCGCUUGUCGGCGGUGGCGAGCAGACACAUUACACGCCUACAAAAGCCGGGGUGUUGAGUCUAAUGCAAAGUACGGCUGUGGCGCUGGGGAAGUAUGGGAUACGGUGUAAUGCGCUGUUGCCGGGGACGAUUCGGACGCAGUUGAACGAGGAGGAUUUGAAGGAUGAGGGGAAGAGGGAGUAUAUGGAGGGGAGGAUACCGUUGGGGAGGACGGGUGAACCAAGGGAUUUGGCGGGGCCGGCGGUUUUUUUGGCGAGUGAGGAGUUGAGUGGGUAUGUGACGGGGGCGCAGUUGUUGGUGGAUGGGGGGUUGUUUGUGAACUUGCAGUAA